GAGGGGUGGAAUGAAGGGUGAGGAGGAAGACUGUCUAGAUCCCUGUCCAAUUAGGGCAGUAGGAAGAAUCUCGGUGGCCAAGCAGCUGUCGUUGUUUCUGGAUUUGAGCCUGAGGUGUCUCAGCAGCGGCCUAGACUGCAGUUCGACUAACAGGACAGUGCCACCCUGAGCUACCAGAAAGGGACAACUGAACCUCACCCUGCAUCCCAGCUACCUCUCAUCUCAGGAGGACAUGGCCUGCAGGGGUCGCACUCGACCCAGGGCCUUGGCCUGGGCCCUGCAACUGACCCUGGCAUGGAUGCUGUUGGGGGCUUGUGGAGGGAGCCACCCACUCCCAGCUAGAUCACAGAGACACUAUAGGCUGGCGACCAAUCUGGGCACAGACCAACUGCACCUGGAAGAGAUGAACCCACCAGAGGCAUCGGACUCUGGGCUCCUCCCAGUGCGCUGUGGGGAGCUGAGCCCCAGGUGCGAAUCCUUCCUGGUACACCUCCAGGCUGCCCUUCGCAGUCGUUUCCACCUGGUGCUCUUGGGGGUACGCCAGACGCAGCCGCUCUGCUCUGAGCUCUGCGAUGCCUGGUUUGCCACUUGCGAAAGUGAUGUCAUCUGCAGCCCGACUUGGCUCUCACUCCUAGAAAAGAGGGGCUGCGAGCCUGGCUGCACUACUUACAGGCAGACUUUUGCAGACGGAGAGGAGCUUUGCCGCUCGCUUCUGGGCGACGCGCUACCAGUGGCGGAUCCCGGCUCUGGUCACUGCCUCAACAUUUCCGUCUCGAUGUUGCCGCGUCCCAGACGUGCACGAAGGGCCCGGGGAACCAUUUUCCGGCGCUCCCGCCGCUCUCGCACGGGGAUCCUGGACUCCGCGAGCAGCGGGAGUGGCAGUGGAAGUGGCAGCGGCCCCUAGGGGGCGCCCGGCCCUAAAUGGAAAAUACGCUUCCUCUCCACCCCCGACCUCGCCCUUCAAGACAGGCAGCAUCCCACCCUUGUCCCUCUCUGCCUUCUAGUUUCCAGAGUUCCAUCCUUCCUCCCUAGGUCCCCAAAGAUUCGCCCCUCCCCAGAUUAUUUGAGAAAUAACCCAAGUGUAUUAAUAGUUCAUUUUCCCCCUCUACCGCCUAAAUAAAC